CGAUCGUUAGUCUAUUAUAACUACUGAGGAACAUCAGUCUUCCUCAAAUAUACGUUCAUUUUACUCAAAUUAUACAUAAUACUUUAGUUUUGUAAUACGAUGUUAACAAAAUUGUUAUUGUCAGUGUGUGUGUUACAAUGUUUUACAUUAGUGCGGUGUCUUGAAGUGCCUCCAGCGAAAUUGGAAGCUAUAUACCCGAAAGGCUUGAGGGUUUCUAUCCCAGACGAUGGAUACUCACUAUUUGCCUUCCACGGCAAACUUAACGAAGAAAUGGAAGGGUUGGAGGCAGGCCAAUGGUCACGGGACAUCACUAAACCCAAAGAAGGCCGAUGGUACUUCAGAGACCGCGAAGCACGAUUGGCUAUUGGUGAUAAAAUUUAUUUCUGGACUUACAUUCUACAAAACGGACUGGGAUACCGGCAGGAUAACGGUGAAUGGACCGUUACGGGUUAUGUCGACGAAGCAGGCAACCCAGUCGGACUCGAUGGCAGUCCUUUAGAAGCUGCAACAGUUUCUACAGCUCCCAGUAUUCUCCCUACGACAGGACCAGUACCUGAUAAUACAAAUAAUGCUCCAGCUCCUCAAACUACCCCAAAUCCCCCAUCCCUUACUCCUGAAAGUAUCUCAAAUCCCCCAUCCCUGACUCCUGAAAGUAUCCCAAAUCCCCCAUCCUCAAAUCCUGAAGCUUCACAAGUUGCACCAAAUGAAGAUAAUACAAGGUAUCCCUGCGAACUAUCAGAAUCCAGAACAUCGGCACCCGGUUAUGUCUGUAAAGGCCAACUCUUAUUUGGAGACAACUUUAAUUCACGUAUCAAAAAGGGGAAAAUAUGGACACCAGAGAUUAAAUUCCCUGGUCCUCCUGAAUACCCAUUCAAUGUGUACCUUUAUGGGAAAAACGUAAAAGUGAACGAUGGAAGACUAAUAAUCAAACCUGUUACCCUGGAUUCUAAGUUCGGAAAUAACUUCGUGUUUCAAUCUUUAGAUCUAUCUCAAAGCUGCACGGGAGUAAUUGGUACUAGAGAAUGUCAUCGCGCAGCAUCUGAGUCAUCUGGUGAAAUCGUGCCGCCGAUCGUUACCGCCAAACUGACUACGAAGAGAAGUUUCAGCUUCAAAUAUGGCAGGAUCGAAAUAGGAGCUCGUAUGCCUUUGGGAAACUGGCUCAUACCUGAACUGCUGCUAGAGCCUAGAGAUAAUGUCUACGGAGACCAAAACUACGCCUCUGGAUUGUUAAGGGUUGCCUUAGUCAAGGGCAACGUGGACGAUUCUAAGAAACUGUAUGGAGGACCUAUAUUAAACGAUAUACCCCCAUUCAGGUCGCAAUAUACAAAGAAAAGGAUUGGUUUAGACCAUUGGAGUAAAGCUUUUCAUAACUACACUUUAGUAUGGAGACCAGACGGGAUAUCUCUGUAUGUCGAUGGGGAAAACUACGGUGAAAUUAUUCCUAGUCAGAGUUUUGCCGAGGAAGGCAAAAAGGAUAAUAUUCAAGCGGCUACAGCAUGGCUUCAAGGGACUCCCAUUGCACCUUUUGAUCAAAUGUUCUACAUAUCUCUCGGACUCUCAGUGGGUGGUCUCCACGAGUUCCAGGACAACCCGUUCAAACCCUGGGUCACCAAUGCCACCGACGCUAUGCUGAACUUCUGGGAAUCGAAGGACUCGUGGUUGCCUACUUGGUACGAAGAUACGAGCUCAUUGCAAGUGGAUUACGUGAGAGUGUAUGCGCUUUGAUAAGUUAUAUCCUUGAUUGUUGGAUUGUUCCUCACCUUUAGCUACUAUGGAAUUUGAAUAAAAAAUAUAAUGUUUCUAAAUCUUAA